UCAGUAGCCUGACAAUACUCUCGGAUGCACUCCAAGCACAGCGUCUUCCGAUUGAGCUGCAACACCUCGUUGAAGAUGCACAGAGACGCAUGCCAGCGAUUGACCCAAACACGGUCCUGCACAUCUCAUCUAUUCAGCUACCAAGCCAGGGCUGCUGCGUGCCACGAAGGAAGACCUUGGCAGUCUCUGAACCCGUUCGAGCUGCACUCUCUGCACUCAAUGAAACCGUCAUGGCUGAUAUGAGCGCACGCGUGCUACUGGAGCUACAAAAGGAGUAUCCCCUCUAUGCGCAAAACAAUAUCCUUUAUGCUAUUUGUCUGACGGUGGUGAUGCUCGUCUGCUAUGAGUCUCUACGCAAUGCAGCAGCAGCCCAUGCAGCUGCCAAGCAUGAAGAAGCAUUCCAGCUCAAGCAAGCACAUGAGCACUUGAUGAAUAGGUCAAGAGAGUCUCUCAAAUCGACGCUGGAAACAAGCAAAGCGGCAGUCAUCGCAAGCGCUGCAGUCUCGCAGGUCUCGCUGAACCAAGGACUCAAGGCAUCCAUGGACAUCACCGAAGUAGUAGCACAAGAGGUGGCAGAGCAAUUGGCAAGCAAGCAGGAAGAUAGACAGUCCAUCUUGACGGAUGCCUCGUCCAAGUCUCACACAACGGGCUUGCUGUACUCACCCUCACCAGCACCACUGCUCUCUGCACUCAGCAUCACGCCAAGUCUCGUCAAUAUGCAAGCGACCCUGUCGCCAUCGGCACCGUUGCGCAGUAGUACCUUUAGUGGACCCCUUGGACGUGCAGCAACGACAUCAGCUAUGCAGGCACUGAAGCAGGCGAGUGGUACUGUGGGCAAGAAUGGCGUGUUGCCUGGACAGCUGUUUGAUCACGAUGGAGAUGUGACGGAGACUCUGUGGAAGUAGCGGUGUUGCAUUCUUGGCUUAGACUUUGUACAAUACCUUGACCCACUCCUCCAACACUUGUCCUCAUUGUACCAUCAUGUCAGCUGGACGCCUUCUCAAGCAAGCAGGCAUUCCUGUACCAAACUACUUUGCCAUGCAGACAUCCGCAGCAAGCACCGAACAAGAAGACGACGACAUCCUGCACGACCUCGUCGAGUUUUGCGAGUACUUUGAGCAGCGUCCAGAGCUAUCACGCGCACAGCAGCACAACGUACAAACUGUCAUGCUGCCAGGACUCGAUGCCAUGCGCGCGUACUUUGCAGGACUCCAGCAUGUCGAGAAUCUAGACUUGCUCAAGCUGAUUGGCAAAUGGGUAGGUCAUUUACGCAACCUGCUAGCUGGUCGUAAAGACCUCGAUCGUCAUCUCAAGCGAGACCUCGAGGAAGCACGUCGUAAGUCAUCAGUCACAGACAUGUCUAAUCUUCAAGGAAAGCUCAAAACU